GUUGGAAUUUAAAAACAGAUCAUCGCUUUGGAAAAGUCGCGCUACAAUUGUUCUGUGGUUUACAUAAAGAAAGAAAAUUAAUUAAAACUAAAAUCAAUCGCAAUGCAACGUUGCAACAGUUUACUAUUAUUCGUGUUAUUAACGAUUGUCUCUGCUACAAUAGCUGUCGAUUAUUGUAGCACCGCACUGUGCAGUGCACAAAAUCAUAUUGGAUGCGGAAAUACCGGAGAUUUCGGACCGAAGUGUCUGGCUGAACGCAGCGUUGUCCCAAUGACCGCUGAUAUUAUUGCACUGAUUCUACAAAGACACAAUACAGCUCGAGUGAACGUUGCCAAUGGAAAAGUUAGCCCGUUUUUAACAGCUAAUAAGAUGAUAGAAAUGUCCUGGGACAGUGAACUGGCAAGUAUUGCUGCAAUGAACGCAAAGACCUGUGUUUUCGCUCAUGAUAAAUGCAGAAAUACAGCUAUUUUUAAGUAUGCUGGACAAAAUAUUGCAAUGACCUCAUCCUCACCGAAUUACAAAGAUACAGUUGCCGCUAUAAAUCAAUUAUUCGAUCUGUGGUACAACGAAUACGUGGAUUGUAACAUGGACCAAAUAACAAAACUUACUACAAUCACUGCUGCUAACGGAAAUUCAUUUGGUCAUUUCACUCAAAUCGUGAUGGCAAAUUCAUCGAAAAUUGGAUGCGCGAUCGUCAAUUAUUUGGCCAAUUCGUGGAAGAACACUUAUCUGGUGUGCAAUUAUGCCCAGACAAAUAUGAUUUCAUGGCCUGUGUACACGUCUGGCACACCAUGUUCGGGAUGUAAAUCAGGUUGCAGCACCACCUAUCCAGGAUUAUGUAAUGCCAAUGAAGUUGUAUCAUGGUAAAAGAUUGUU